UGAUUUAGUCGUUAGCGCGCGGUCAACACGAUCACAUCGUAUAUUGCAGAUCGUCUCGAUCCCAUUGUAGAUCGCAUCCGUUAGAUUUCAUCCAAUUUUGACACCUGUCGCGAGUCGGCUUCUCUUCUCUUUUCGAUUUUAAUUUCGUUAAAUUAGCAUGUGUUAAUUUGAAUUUGUGCAACAUUCCAUUAAUGCAAAUUAUUAUUUACAAAUAAAAUAAUCGUUAACAAAAUUUGUGUUAUACAAAAUUAUAUUUUAAAUUCUAUUCCUAAAAUCUAUAAAAUACAAAAAGUGUUCUUAGGGCUUUAGUCAUGAGUAAAAAUGGACACAACAAUCCGGGGUUUGUCAGCGAUCAUGUGGACAACAUCAAGCAGCAGAGCGCCAAUAAAUACUCGCUUGAGUUGGCGGAAAAAGGUGCCAGCAAGGCGGCCAAGGAUCCCGACUACAAUCCUUACGAACAUCGCAAAGUUCCGCAUCCCACAACCAACUGGGAAACACUUUUCCAUCUGCUGAAGGGAUCGCUGGGCACUGGCAUCCUGGCCAUGCCAAAUGCCUUCCGCAAUUCUGGCUACGUCACUGGCUCCAUAGGCACCAUUGUGAUUGGCAUCAUCUGCACCUACUGCAUACAUCAGUUGGUCAAGGCAGAGUAUGAGUUGUGUCGUCGCAAGCGAGUGCCCAGCAUGAACUAUCCCGCUGUGGCGGAGUCAGCACUCUACGAGGGUCCGGGCUUCUUCAAGUGCUGUGCUCCCUACAUUGGCACUGUGGUGAAUGUCUUUCUGCUCAUCUAUCAACUGGGCACAUGCUGUGUCUAUGUCGUCUUCGUGGCGUCCAACAUCAAGUCCAUUGUGGAUGCAGUGUAUGACACAAAUAUGGAUGUGCGUCUCUGCAUGAUCAUCAUCUUGGUGCCUUUGAUACUCAUCAACUGGGUGCGUCAACUCAAGUAUCUGGCUCCCUUCUCCACGCUGGCCAACCUCAUAACCAUGGUCUCCUUUGCCAUCAUCUGCUACUACAUAUUCCGUGAACCCAUCUCCACAGAGGGCAAGGAUGCUGUUGGCAAGAUCGAGAACUUCCCAUUGUUUUUUGGCACUGUGCUGUUCGCCUUGGAGGCCAUUGGUGUCAUUCUGCCGCUGGAGAACGAGAUGAAGACGCCACACAAGUUUGGCGGUUCUUGUGGCGUGCUCAAUGUGUCCAUGGUGUGGAUUGUGUUCCUCUAUGUGGGCAUGGGUCUGUUUGGCUACCUCAACUACGGCGCCGACGUCUUGGGUUCCAUCACCCUGAAUCUGCCACAGCACGAGAUUCCAGCACAGAUCGUGAAAGGCAUGCUGGCAUUUGCCAUCUACAUCACUCACGGCUUGGCCUGCUACGUGGCCAUUGACAUCACCUGGAACGAUUAUGUGGGCAAGAAGCUGGGCCCACAACGCAACAAGCUGUUCUGGGAGUACGCUGUGCGCACUGGAUUGGUGCUCAUCACUUUUCUGCUGGCUGUUGCUAUUCCCAAUCUGGAGCUGUUCAUUUCGCUGUUUGGUGCUCUCUGCUUAUCCGCUCUGGGCUUGGCUUUCCCAGCUCUGAUUCAGAUCUGCACGCAUUGGUAUGAGACGAGUGGCUUAAGCAAGGCCUGGUUGCUGUUGAGCAACUUUGUGCUGAUUAUUGUGGGCAUUCUUGGCCUGAUAAUUGGCACUUAUACUUCUCUGAAGGAGAUCGUCCUCACAUUCACCGAAUAACCUUGUUAUCUUACAAGUAGAAUUGUUUUUUCUUAGUCAUAGGAUUUUGUUUUACUUUUUCCUUCGAAUUUGCCGCCACGCAUUUCAAGCAAAGUAUUAUGCACAAAAGCAAAAACUAAAUUGUUAAAUAUUCUAAAAGAGCAUGACAAAUGGGUUGAGUGUCAAACUAUUGUUAAGUAAAAUACAACUUGAAUAUAUUUGUAUAAAUUUAUCAAAUUUGUGAUAUUUUUAAGCAUUGUGCCCAAAAAACAUUUUCUUAGAUACGCAUAUUUUAUUACAUGUUCGUAAUUGAUAACGAUCUUUAUAGUUAAUUACUGUCUAAGUCCUAUCUGUUUAAGCACUAUUUAAAAUACGAUAACAAACAACAACAAGCAAUAAAAAAUAUUUUGCCAUAUUAUAAAAAA